AUGUUCGGGUUCGGCGCAUUCAGGGCUACGAGUCCAUUAUCAGGCGGUCUUCUUUGGAAGAUCCCCUGGCGCCUCUCCCGAUUCCAGAAAGCACGGCAACGCAAGCGUCUGCGCGCCGUCGACUCGGUCGUCGCCACCCUUGAUUCCGCCUUGAAGAAGCAGGGCCAAUCGCUCAGGUCGCUGGAGGUCUGGAAGGAGGAAAUGCCUACCGAGGCCGAGAUGCUGCCCAAGGACAAGUACACCAUAUUCGACAGGAAAGAGAAGAGGUACAGGAAGGGCAUUCACAAACUACCCAAGUGGACGAGAGUAUCACAACGACUGAACCCGCCUGGUUACUAG